AUGGAUGAUGGUGAUUUUACUUCAGAACCCAUCAAAGCUACUAAUGACAUCAUAUUAAAGCUGCUGACGGGUGAACCUCAGCUUACCAUCACAAUCCUACGAUCAACAGGAACCCCAAGCAUCCACACAUUACUUCAAGACGAUAUUCUACAUCGCAGAACCAUCUUCAGCAAGCAAUUGAGUAAACUCAGUGAAUCAAAUAAUGCAUAUAUCGUACAAACUAUAGAUCAAUUCAAAACUCCACGCACGGGGCUACUACAGAAAUGUCUCCCCUUCGCCCACGCAUACGAGCUCUUCGUCUUUUCACGACCUGAAACGAGCCAGAGACUCACGUCUACCUCAGCAAUUCCACCAGCAUGUCGCAAUCAGGACGAGUUUCUAGAAGACUGGAAGAUCCUUCCGAAUGAUAAUGUCAACACGGGCCAAACCCUAUCCAACUUUUCCAUGAGACCUCCCCCAGCAUACCUUUCACCUAUGAGCGACCGUAAUGCUGUCAUUACUCAAUUAUCACCUCAAAGCGAGACAGACCCUAUCAACUUCCUCAAAUCAAGAUACUUCAGCAUCCUAUAUUCGUUGUCUACUCCUUUAACCUAUUUUCCCAAAUCCACGCUAACACGGCUUCGUGUGAUGUGUGAUGGAAAGAAAGAGCUCAUGGAGCAAAGUCUAGCUGCAGUUUAUCUUAGCCCUGAAAGUUUGAACGAGAGGCAUAGACUACGGUACGGACUCGAUGUAUUGAUUGGGAAAGAUUCUGAGACCAUGGAGAUCAACAAGUAUGAAGCAGAAAACCAAAAGUUACUUCUUCAGAAACACUUCACCUUUAGCAUGUCAGACGAAGCUAGAAACAGAGUUAUUUUUGAUUUGAAGAGAAGGGAAGCGCAGCUACAGAUCUUGCUCGUGAUGCAGCUUCUACUAACCUGGGAGGUUGACGAAGCGUCAUUCCUAGCUUCGAACGCGAAAUUGCAAGAGAAGAUGAACAGAAAGGUAACCAAAAAAUCGCUUGUCAGACGAAAAUCAAAGACCAAGAAGAUUACCCCGACUCUUUUAGGGGUUGGAAUACAUGAAAAGACAGAAGAUCCGGAUCAGAAAAAGAAUCACAUCACUCACUUCGGACUUUACGCGUCUCUUGUUGCGCUUGUUGACCAAAUGAGUAUUUGGGAUGUCCUUACUGGAAAAUUGAAGAAUAAAAAAGACGAGAGCAUUUAUGGCUUUUUAGCUUAUGUUUUCGUGCCCUUUUUUAACACCAAGCUCCCUAAAAUCGUCAAGUUCGUCAUAGAGAAGGUAAGAGAGCUGAGGCCCACAUUCAAGCUGUCCAAGCUCAAGACAUCUACUUCAAAAUCUGUCAGUGGAUCAGAGGCCGGUAGUCCGCCAAGCACAGACGAGGUAGCACCCAAAGAGACUAAAAAGGCCUCAAGAUUCAACAAGAAGCUAUUGACAGAAAAGCAAAAGCCCUUCCUCCGGAGGUCCAAAACUUCAGCGAGUGAGAAGGAUGAGCCCGCAUUCUCGCUUAAGCGGUCAAAAUCUAAUUUGGGCUCUAAGAAUUUGAAGCGCAGGCAGGUUGACAUGUCUCUCAAUAAACCUGACGAUCAAGACGUGGCCGAAAAAGCUACCUCCUUUAUAUUUGGAGAUGCCCGGAAGGUCAAAAACCACUCUGUUUCAAUGGGCAUGCUUUCAAAGAAUGAGUCGAAUGAAAUACCUGACGAGCCAAUCAAACUUAUUCAGGCUACACCUUCUACGAAGAGAAUCUCCAAUAUCAUUCUCGAAACUCCUCAAAAUUCGGAAGCAAAACGGAAGGAUUUUGUUGUUCCAGACUCUACAAAGAGAGUGUCGUUGGUGCAGCAGAAACUCUCACUACUAGCAGCGCCAUCAUUACCGGAUGUGAAAAUUGUGAGCUCUCCCAUCCAUACUUCAUCUGAAAAAUCCCCAGUUCUAUUCCUGCAACAUGCCACCGCUCAAACCAAUAACAGCACUUCGUCUGUGAUAGAGUCAUCACCUAUUCAACCAGAAACCACAUUGCCAGCGAGGAAAGCUAAAAUGACGGAUUUCAAGAACCCUUUCACACAAGCUACACUUCAAGGUUCUCCAGGACGUCCACCCCAAGAGUAUAAAAAAGCACUCAGAACUGUGCUGUUGCCCUCUAAAUCAGAUAACUCUCCCGAAAUCUUCAUGCCGAUCACGAAACCAGCCAGCAGGGCUGAUGGAUCGUUGCUCAAAGCUGGCAAUUCGAUGAAGGCGCCUUCUAUCGAGCCUUCGAAAAGUGGAGACACCGACGUCGAUUCUGAUCCAAACCAAGAAUCUGAUUCAGAUUCCGAUUUUGAAAAAUUGCUAGCAAGCACUUCAAACCGUACAGUCAAAACCUACGUCAGACCCAAAAGAAGAUAA